AAUGGUCAAGAUGAGGAAUCGAUGACAGAGGAACACGUAAAGCAUGGAUUUUUCGAUAAGCCCUUUGUGUCAAAUGAAUACGUUUCAGCGCAUGAUAUUCUUGUGGAGAAAAUAAAAGAUCCAGAAUGCCUUCAAAAUCUGAGCGAAUUUAUGACUGACAUUAUGAAAAGAAAACAGGAGAUAGAGAUGAACACUUUGCAAGGGUUGGUGUUUUUCAUAUGGGUGGCUCCUGAUGAAAGGGAUAAGUGGCUAAAACAGCUGGCUGGGAAUGUGCCCCUAAGGGAAUUGGUGAAAAACGUGCCAAAAGGAGUGGAAGGUACCAAUCUGUUGGAAUUAGUUACUCUUCAUCGGGUACCUUUAGCGAGGGCCACAUGGUUUACCAAGAUAGUGGGAAUUAAUUUAACACAUAAUGACAUUUAUCGUAACUCAACCGAGCAUACCAAGAAUUGGACGCAGACAUUCUGUACUUUCAUACAACUGCAGAGCAAAGAUUAUGACCCGGAAAAGUGGAGAUAUAGCAUAUCACUUGCCAAAUGGCAAUUUGACGAGGGAUUGUUUGAUCAACGGCUUCUGCGGGGAAUGCUUGACAAUCUAGAUCAGGCUGACCCUUUACAUACUGCAAUAUGGCUAUUGCUUGUCCAACAAUUCUUGGCAGAGUUUCAGCGCUCUCGGACCCUCAUGAGAUUGUUGAUAGAAAUCAUAUUGAAAAAAUUGCAGGAUAUCUAUCAACAGUCAUUAGCCUCAAAGCUUGAGAUCGUAGUAAAAAUGUUGAAAAAUAUGUUGCAUACACUUUUCCUUGCGACUCCCGACAUGUUUGUGUUCCCAACUUGCUGGAAUACGUACAAAGAUUUGUUGAGACGCGUCCUUGUUGAAGAUAGUCCUACCAGGUUUGACACAAUUCCAUCGAAGAAUUUGAAACGCCAGAGAGAAAGAUAUUAUGAGUUGAUACGUGCCAGGAAUGAAGUAUUUGAUGAAAAGAAAUCCGACAUUAUUGGAAAGAGGAGUGCACAGGAGUUACAAAAGAACAGGAUGAUAAAUAGGUUGAUAGCGCGAGGUGAUAUGAUUCAAGAGAGAAGGACUAGCGAGAGAUCAAAACGUCAUUUGAGAUAUCUAGAACAUUUUCCACUUUAUAAUGCCGAACUUCAUCAUCUGAAUCAGAGACGAAUUAUUUUAUAUGGGGUUAAUAAGAAUGACAGCCGUGAUCAAUCGGUAUACGAUGCCAUGGUCCACAGGAUAAAAAUUAAAUUGCCUUACAUGUUUCCAGAAUCUAAUAAUGAAUUGGAUGAACCGAUAGUUGAUAACCCUAUCGCCGAUUCUCACCUGGCCUUGAAUUUUGACCAUGAAACGCUUAAUUGUAUAAAGCAUGCGACAAAGUUCUGUCAGAUAGAUGUGAUACGAGGGGAGAUAGGAGACAUAACAUCGGACGGAUUUGACUUGAUCUUCAAGAAGUGGGUAAAAAGCAAUGUCCGUGCUGACGAUGACUGUAUUCUAAGGAGCGACAGGAGUCAAUGGUUUUUGAGCUUCUUUGUCACACUUGUCGUUCGUCACUUGGUCAGCAUGGAUGUCGUGAUGGAGCAUCUUUGUGAGAGAAACCUGAGCAGGUUAUUGGAAAAAAUAAAUUCCCAUAAACAGUUGGAUCCUAGAGAUUUGAUAGAAUGCAAAAAUAUGGCCAUCAUCUUGAGACUGAUGCUCAUUCAAGAUGAUGGUGACAAUCCUUGUUCUGAAAUACCUCUGAGCACUAUGGAAGUCCAAGUUCUCCAGUAUAACUGUGAAACUCUAUCACGGAAUAAAGAUAUCACUUUCACUGAUACAAUAGCUAACAUCUUUCAAAAACUCGCCCUCAUCGAAUGCUCGAUUGACCCCAAUGAUUCACUGGUCGUUUACCUUCAACAAUUAAGGGUAGACUUAUCCAAGGUUUAUUGGUUCAAACAGUUGUGCGCUGUCGACGUCGAAAACGUCUAUCGUCGAUUCGUCAAGGUUUCCAAGAAGUUGACGAAGAGUAAAGAAAUAGAAAAAUGCAUGAUCGAAAUAAUGCAGACAUCUUUAUCCAGCAGUCUUGAGGGCGACGAGAAUGUAAGAUCAAUAGCCUCUUAUACGACACACCUCGAAACCAUCUUUUCUCAAGUUAAUCUAUGGAACCUUCGGAAAUGUCGGAUUGGGUUUUGGCUCUGCAUGGAUCAAGUUAUGCUGGUGGGAUCAAAUAAGCACCGUUCCCCUCGUCCUUCGCCUGCCCGUUUGCCUAUUAAAGAUGAAGAUGGGGAUGUACUAAUGAAUUGGACAGAUCAAUCGACGAACGUUGACCUGAAAAGCGCUGUCAUUGAAUUUUUUUGGGAAAAAUUGGUGUUGAAAGAGAAGAUGGAUCGUUCCAUUCUUGCUUACAUGAUUCAAGACAUUAGGGAAGAUGUCAUUAAUGAGCUUCUUGGUUAUGGGCUUGGCGUAUUAAAACGAUGCAAGGAGUUAGUUUCCGAUAUAGAAGAAGUUUUCAGAGCACUGUUGAUUCCUAUUAAUCAUGAUAAGAAAUUGGAUUUCUGCGAAGAUCUUCUAGAUCAGGUCAAAAAAAUUAACGAUGAAUUCCAAAAGGACACUUCGGAUGAUUCUAAUUUGAAUUUGAAGAGAGUAGAUGCAUAUGUAUCUAGAGUAAUGUCACGUGUUAAGUUGUUGGUGCUUGGAACUCACGUAAUGACCGAACGAGUAAAUGCCGUCAUCACGUCAAAUAGUCAAGAG